UUCCAGGUGGACGACGGAGGAGGAGGAGGAGGCGGUUACCCUUGCGCCAGCCAGGAGAGCCCCGGGGCGGUCAGCGAGCUGGAGUACUCCGCCUUCUGCUCCCAGGAAUGCAUCUUCUCCAAGCUCCGCGAAAACCAGGACUUGAACGUGUACUCUGCCAAAACUUUGCUCUCCAUGUGCAAGCCAGGGGACCUUGUGGAGCUAGUAUCCACGUCCCAGGCACCUCACUGGGCCGUGUACGAGCUCAACGACCAGGUGAUACACCUGCAUAAGGGGGAGAUACGGAAGGACAGCCUGACUGAGAUAGGACAGGGCCGGCAUGGACGGAUAGUGAACAGCCGUUACCGGUUCCGGCCGCUGCCCGCCAACCUGGUUGUGCAGAACGCAACCGGGCACCUCGGCCUGAACAGCGGGGAGAUCUGCUGGACCAACUCAGAGAGCUUCGCCGCUUGGUGCCGCUUCGGGAAACGAGAGUUUAAGAAGGGAGGCGAGGCGCACUCGGCGGACCAGCGGUACUUUCUCAAAGUGCACUUUGGCGCCGGGACUCGGAGUGGACACGCACACACGCUGGUGUUCCGGAGCCUCGAAGACAUGAUCUGGGAGCGCAGGCGUGUGGACGCCAGCGGAAUUCUGAAGGAAUUGUCUUUAGGGGUCAACGGUGGGAAGGAGUGAUUUGAUUUUGGAAUUAUAACUAAAAUGAUAGCCUAAACCUCUCCUCUUUACACACACACACACACACACACACACACACACACACACACACACACACACACACACACACACACAC